CUCAAGUGCGACAUUUCCGGUAUUUGUGUGUAGAUUAUCUUUGGAAUUAGUGUAGCGUCAUCUAUGUUCAUUGAGUGUGUCAUCUUCCAUUUGAGGUUUGCCCAUUUCCUGUCGUGUUAGCGUGAGACUGCUGAGCUGGACAUUGUGCUGUGAAAAUGAGUUCGAAGGUUUCGAGGGAUACCCUGUACGAGUGUAUAGGUGCUGUGCUCUCGCACGCGAAGGAAAAGCAGAGGAAAUUUGUUGAAACUGUGGAGAUCCAAAUUGGCUUGAAGAAUUAUGAUCCGCAGAAGGACAAACGAUUUUCGGGCACAGUGAAGUUGAAGCAUAUCCCAAGGCCCAAAAUGCAAGUUUGCAUUCUAGGUGAUCAGCAGCACUGUGAUGAAGCAAAAGCCAAUAAUGUCCCCUAUAUGGAUGUUGAAGCUCUUAAGAAGUUGAACAAGAAUAAGAAGCUGGUUAAAAAAUUGGCAAAGAAGUAUGAUGCAUUUUUAGCAAGUGAAGCACUCAUUAAACAGAUUCCAAGAUUGCUUGGACCAGGCUUAAAUAAGGCAGGCAAAUUUCCUGGUCUUCUUUCACACCAAGAAGCAAUGAUGGCAAAAAUUGAUGAAGUGAAAGCAACAAUUAAGUUUCAGAUGAAAAAGGUGCUGUGCCUUUCUGUUGCUGUUGGUCAUGUAGCCAUGUCAGAAGAUGAGUUAGUACAAAAUGUGCACUUGGCAAUAAACUUCCUUGUGUCAUUGUUGAAGAAGCACUGGCAGAAUGUCAGAUCUUUACAUGUGAAGUCAACUAUGGGACCACCACAGAGAUUGUAUUAAACCUGUUUCAUUUUUGUGAACAAAUAAAUACCUGACCAUAAA